GAGGAAGGAACCCAGGUAUGGAAGAUCUCAUUGAAGUGAAGACUGAGCCAUGUCCAGCAAAAUCUGGUCCCAUUGUUAUCUAUUCUUCAGAAUCUUUUGGAAAAAUGACUGUAAUCUUCAUUCCAAAGACUAAGGCAGUAUUUACAUUAAUCGCAUAUGAGAUUUACGACUCAAUAGAUGAGAAACUAAAGAAUACACAGGCAUUAUCAGAGCAGAUACAUGAAAAUCCUGUUAAAAUAACAUGCAACAUCCCAGUGGAUAACAGCACAAGAUUCUAUGAGGCCAAGUUUCUGAUAACUGGUGUGAAAGGGAUUUCUUUUAAUGUAUCAAAGACAGUCGUAGUCAUUUUUGUGGAUAAAGAUAUGAAAUCUCUGGAACCAGCUGCACCGUAUAAACCAGUAAAGUUGCCAGCGUUGAAUUUCUCUUGUAAAACAGUCAAACUUCCUUGGGGAAAAAAUAGAGGUCUGCCCGAGAAACAUUUCACUAAUGUCAGAAUUGCUGCGAAACGACGCACAAUUGACAGCCGUCUUCAUGAUAUGUGCAAGGAUAGCUUAUUAAGAAAUUGUCCAGUGUUAAGUAAAGUCUUGACUCCUGAGAAUUAUGUUGAGAAAAUGAAACUGAUGAUUGAUCUCUGCUUAAAAACAGAAUAUUCCAAUGUAAAUAUGGUAUUAAAUAGCUAUUAUAACAUCAGUUUUGUUAGAGAAGACGACAAGACAGAUAUCUUUGAAUUUGAGAUGAACACAGAUGAACUAUAUGUGGGUGCUUUCCUCUAUGUCUAUGAGAGGGAUGGUGAUUCUGUAUCCCCUAUCCGCUACGAAGGAAGGGUAAAAGAUUUGAAUUCAGACUUUGCUACACUUGAAUUCCCUAAAAAAUUUCUCCAGAUAUUCAAUCCAGAUAAGGAAUUUUAUCUCCAUUAUGAACCAACCAAUUUUAAUGCUUUCAUGAUGCAUGCAGCACUGGAUUUGAUAGAAAGAGAAAAUUUUGGAGAUGUUAUAUUUCCAAAAGGGAUAAUACACAAAAGCCAUGAAGAUUCCUUGAAAUUAAACUUUUUUAACAAACAAAUGAAGGAUAACGAGGAACAGCAAAUGGCUAUACAGCAAGUUUUUUCUCAACAGAAUUGUCGAGCUCCUUUUAUUGUGUUUGGUCCUCCUGGAACUGGUAAAACAACCACCAUUUUGGAAGCUAUUAAGCAGGUUUACACUAUGAAGAAGGACGCCAAGAUCCUGGUCUGUGCUCCGUUUAAUAAACAUGUUGAUGAAAUAACCAUGAAGUUGAUGGAAUUUAUUCCGAAAGCAGAGCACAAAAAGACCCUUCACAGAUGCUAUGCUUCAACCUACAAUCCUGCUGAAAUUCCUAAAAAAAUUAAGACUAUCACAAAUCUUGUCACUGAUCAAAAAGAAUUGAAAAAUCCUGGUAUCUUUGAGAGUUACCAAAUAGUGUUAACCACUCUAAUAACAGCUGGAAGGUUUGCACUUCUCAGGUACAAGGGUCAUUUCAGCCACAUAUUUGUAGAUGAGGCUGGUUUUGCCACAGAAGCAGAGACACUUGUGCCGUUGGUUGGUCAGAUUGAUGAAAAUACUCGAAUAAUUCUUGCAGGUGAUCCAAAGCAGUUGGAUCCAGUGUUCAAAAGUGAACAAGCCAGAAAUGCUGGAUAUGAUGUCCCUCUGAUAGAACGCCUUAUGGAGUCGAACAGUAACUACAGAAACACAAUGGUGAUCAAAUUAUUGAACAAUUAUCGAUCACAUCCUGCAAUUAUUAAAAUCCCGAAUGAACUUUUCUAUGACAAUGAGUUGAAGGCGUGUGCAGACGUGAAGGAAUAUUCCAGAUUUUGUUCGUGGCCCCAUUUGCUUCAGAAAGACUUCCCUGUGAUUUUUCAUGAUGUUUUCUCUCAAGAAGUGAGGGAGAAAUCAGACCCAUCUUUUUUCAACUUGAAGGAAAUCGAAGUUGUCUAUAGUUAUGUUGACAAACUUUUAAAAACUCAAGGAGUUAAACAGACUGAUAUUGGAAUUAUUGUGACCUAUAGGAAGCAGGCAUUGAAAAUAACUGAAUAUUUAGAAAAGAAAUCCAUAAAGAAUGUGACUGUUGGUACCGUGGAGAUGUUCUUAAGUUCUGAAAAAGAAGUUACCAUUAUUUCCACUGUCCGAAGUUCCCUAAAUGAUGAAGAGGAAAGUUCUGUUGGAUUUCUCAAGAAUCCAAAACGCUUCAAUGUGGCCCUCACACGAGCUAAAGCAUUACAGAUCGUUGUAGGCAAUGCUCAAGUCCUGAAACAGGUGCCAAGCUGGGAAAGCUUCAUUUCGUAUUGCCAGGUGAACAACAGUUUCAUUGAAGACAAACUACGAAAGGAAAAGAAGAAAGGCAAAACUAAAAAAUAAGAAUCCAUUUUUUUUUCUUUUGGCAACCAUAAAACAACCUGAAAGCCGAGUGUUCAGCUUUUCUUGGCUGACAUUUGAUAGGAAACUCACUAAACACAAUAUUUUGCUCUUAAAAACAAUUUUCUUCAAACAAUUUUCUGAUUCCUUCUCAAAGAUAAAAAGAGGCCAACUUUUAUUGAAUUUUAUUUGAACUUGAGGCACAUGAAUGUGAAAUGAAAUAUAAUUGUAUGCAACUGGACAGGAGAAGAGCUUUUUGUGAUGAAAAUAUUCUUGGGAUGUUUUUUUUUUUUUUUUCUUAUUAACAUGAAAAGAUCACUGACUUGUUGCUGACAUUAUACCUUCUUCAGGUGCCAUGUCCAGAAUGUAGGACAAAAGUCAGUCAUGUCCUGCCAUACUGUUCUUUGUUUUCUUUGUAACAGUUCUACUUUGUGAUGUUCGAUGCCUCUUCCUUUCAACCAUUUCUUCAAGUUUGGCAUCAUCCGUCUUCUUCAUCUGCUUCUUUUCUCUUCAAUCUUUCUGGUCAUCACUAAAUUCUCCAAGCCCUCUUUCCUCUUCAGUUGCUUGGCCCUUAUCUUUUGAAGUAGUUUCCUAUUUACUGCAGCCUGGAUCAUCACUUCUUCAUCAGAAACUUUGUCCAUGCUAUCCUCAAUUUUCUCCUUAAGAACCACAUUUUACAGCUCACCACGCAUCUUCUCAUUCCUCAUGUUACAGACCAUGCCUCACUUCCACACAGGCUAGACAUAGCAGUCCAAUAUCCAGGUCUUCGUCUUGACGCACAAUGCAGAAAAACCAGUGAUGAUUGAUAUUAUUCAGAGUCAAAUGUUUUUAUACAUAACAUUGUAUGUAAAGAGAGAUUUCUCCCAAGAAUAUUUCAGCAGCAAAAUGGAUCUCUGCCCAUCCAGGUAGAGACAAAUGUAUUAAAUAUGAUUAUACACAUUAAA